AUGACACCUGCUGUAGUUUCGAUGCGAGAGAAAAAUAACGGCCUGCUCCUUUCCUUUGCGGUCACCGCGAUGGGAGUCGCGUGUUUGGUAAAGCUCUACAAGCGCUGCUUUGUUCGUGUUCCUCCUCAUUGUGUUACCGUGGUGUAUGAGACUCGGAGGAACUCUAUUCUCGCAUCGUCCAUGGAGGAAGCAAAUAAUGAGCUUCCGCAAGUGUCACACUUCCGUCCAUUGAUGUAUAUAGUGAGUUUGCUGCUCUACAGGAGCAAGAAGUUAGUUAUUGUGCCACCUACAUCCUUCUUUAGCACCUUCACACUCCCGUGUAGCGUUCUUGAUGAGUCAGGUGAUGGAGAGGUGGUAGACUGCACGGUGGAGGACAUUCACGUGACCGAUGGGUCCGUGCGCAUGGUCAUGACAAUUCGCUACUGCAUUCCUAUCAAUGAGUUGGAACGCUACCUCGCUGCAGUAGGGCCAACGGCGCCAAAUGAGCGCAUAGCCCUAGCUGCCGCAGGUGCUGCAAGGGCCAGGGGGGCCGAACUCUCCGUUGGCUUGAUCAUUAACAAAUCCAAGCGCGAUACCGCAUUUUUAGAGCCCUUUCGGGCGCACCUCUCGUCCAAGUUGAUGUCCGAGUCGUGUGUGAAGGUGUUGGAUGUCGUUGUAGAGGCUGCUGAGAUCGCGGACCGGUCUUUGGGAGGAUGA